AUGCCGAGAAGCGAAGCUCCUGAACCAGUUCUUCAAACGGCUAAACCUUUACCACCUUCAACACCGUCCAAGGAAGUUGAUCAGAAAGCAACUUCUAGAAGCAAGGAGCAGACAGAAGAGAAACAGAAAGUCGAAAAACAGGAGUUUUUGCCGUAUCCUUCAGUGAGAUCGCCGACAAAGAGCGCUAAGAGACGGCGAGAACUGGAGUUGCAGGAGGAGAAAAAGCGGAAGAUUGCUGAGGGCUUUUAUCAGCCACGUUCUGACGAAGAUGACACUUUGGAGAAGGUCAGCAGCCUCAAGAUGGAACAGACUGAGAAGACUAAGAGCUUAGUGAGCGGAGUAGCUUCGAAACGAAAUUCAUCAAGACGAAGAUUUAUCUCUCAAAAGACAGUACCCAAAGUGCAUCCCACUCAGGACUGA